CAGCAGCAGCUGUGUUCACUGUCAGGCUAACAGCCGAAGAGCUAGCUGCUCACAACAUCACCUGCCAAACAAAUUUACUGUUAAACUUUGUUUUCCGUCUCAACUGUGUUUAUUUUAUUCUACACGAUCCGUACAGAUCCAGCACCUGUCUUCUUUCCGUUUGUUGUGCAGGAAUAAGAUGGUCGUUUUAACAAAUAAUGAAGAACAGGAUUAUAUCCUGAUAGAGGAGCGUAAAUGCAGCUCCCUGCCCAGCUCUCCGGCCAAGCGAGUGUCUCCCACCAAAAAGAAGCAUUUCUUUAUCAACCAAGCCAUCCGCAACUCUGACCUCACUCCCCGAGGCAAAGGCAAGAAGAGCCUCCGCCGUCAGGAGAACACACAAUUCCUUGCUAAUCUUCUUGAGAAGGAUGAGUGCUCCAAAGAGGAUCUGGAAGUUCACAGUAACCCGGCGAUCCCAUCCAUCUUCACUGAAGCCUGCACCAACGGAAACUACAUAGAGCCGUGGAAUGACUUCAUGAAUUGCUCCGGUGAGGAGCAGGAGAGGCUGCUGUCUCUGCUGGAGCAGGAGGAGGCCAAGAAGAAAACCGUCAACCGGCUCCGCAAAGACGAGAGGAAUGUAAAUCCUGCCUUCACUGCUCAGGACUGCUUCCAGAGAAUCGAUCGCAGGCUGCGAGCGACUCUCAAACGGAAACAAAUCCCCAUGGGAACUCUGGAAAUACUUGAGGAAAACCUUCUGAGCUUCUUCAUCGCUCAGUCUCACUCAGUUUACACAACCAACCUCGCCAGCAGCUUUGAGAGACUGCUGCUGCACGCCGUCUGCCAGUACAUGGACCUCGUCUCUGCAAGCACCGACUACAACGGGUCCCGUCAGACUGAAGUGGUGAACAAACAAGAAGAGUUUCUGCCUCCUUGUCUCCUGCUGUCUGCACACUUGGAGCAGAUGAGCUGAGAUCAGGACGGUGCAAUGUUUCCCCGUUUCCUCCGCGCGGCUCAGCUGCAGACGGGAGCUCCGAGAAAUGUAGAUAAAUCUGUUUGUCAUGUCUGGUUAAUGUCCGCCAAGCUCAGAAAACAGAGCACUGGCUGGUUUCUGUAUGAAAUGUUCCACUCAUUUUAUCCAUAAACAAGUGAGAGUUUAUCAACCCCUGUAUGUAAACGGGUAUACACGCAAAAUGAUACAUUUGGUUGGAAAAGUACAACUUGCUUUUCCUUUCGACAACACGACCUCUCUUGCAUCAUCCUCCGGCCAACUUUUACAUUUUAUGUUGUCCAAGCUGUUUUUCUUCCUUGAUUCGUUUUCUGGUGUAUAAUAAGUUGAGUGCAGCAUCCUGGAGCUGUGUGGGAAGUACAUGUAUUCCCUUUCCCAAGUUUUAAGUUAAUCCAUUAACAUAAUAAUGAGGAUUAUUGAUUCUUAACUUCAAGAAUGUAGGAAUCUCACAACCUGGUUUUUGAUGUCGAACUCACAAUAAGGGAUACAUAAUACAACUAAAUUACAUUUGAUACAAUUUAUUUAAAAAAACAAUGGCAACCAUUGUCAUUCUCUCUCAAGCAUCCCACAGAUGUCGUUGAUCUUCAUCUCAUGAUUAGUUUAUUACUAAAUACAUUAUCCAAGGUCAAAUUCAUAACAGUAUGUAAUGACAAUUUUAACCUAAAAAAGAAAACUGACUUGAAACCCAUCUGUGUAACGUCUCAUCUGUGCAGCGCUGUUCAGGCUGCGAGGACUCGGUGUUGACUUUUUGCAAAGGUGCUAAGACGGAGGAAUGCAUCAGGAAAUGCAUCACUGCCUGAAGGGUUAGCCUGUAGGAUAUGUGCAAGUGGGGAUGUGUGAAGCAUGAACAUUAAUAAGCUGUAGAUAAUAUGCACAGAAUCAUAAUCGUAGGUAAAGAAUGAAAUAGUUUGUUUGGGAAGUAAUGUUUUGCUAAUUAUAUGUGAGAAGAAAAUCCCUCUUAAGGUACAAUUUCUUUUGGAUUGUUCUUCCUGUGUAUCUUUCUGUGCCGGCUUUGUCCAGUCGUAUCACCUCAUCUCCACCAGCAUCAUCUGAAGGAUACGCUUACAUUUGAACCAAACGAAAUAUCUGUAUCGAACCAGUAACGAUUUAUUUCCCCACGUACACGCUAAAGUUCAUGAUUGUACGGCAGCACUGUGGCUGAACAGAUCACAGACUGCUGAUGCGCUGCUCUCACUGCACACUGCAGUAGACGAGGUGUAAAUGUUAUUUCAGUCAAUAAUCCAAGACAAGUUAAGGAACUAUACUAUAGUUAAAAACUGCCUAUAUGCCUGUACUUUUAGAUGUAUUCAUGUUUUUCUUGCUCACUCGCUCUACUCUUCACACACAAGUUCAACAUUAAAAGCCUCUUUUUUACAUAUACGUAUAAUAUGGUUUAAAGCAUACUGUAUGUGCAGUUGAUGUGUUACAUAUAAAAAUAACCACAUUUAAGCUGUUUUGAUGGUAAAAACCGGCUGAGUUUUGACUCGGGUAUGUGUCAACAUUAACAUUUACAACAGCACGUCUGCCUUAUGAAUACAAGUUUCUAUGGUGUUUCUUUUGUACAUAUAUUUCUACAUUUGUACUUGACUUGGAUUUUGGAAACGAAACAAUCGUAUCCACGCUUUUCUUUUUAUACUGUCGUCGGCAGUGUAACAAAACUUGACCUGGUGCAUUUUGUCGACAACCAAAGUUUGCGUGUUUUGUUUGCGUUGAAAUGACACUUCUCAGGCUCGCAACUUCUCACUCUGAAUGUCACGUAGUUCAUCUCGCCUGUAAUUUCCUGUGUACUGUAUAAUUUCUGCAACAUGAACUCACUUUGAUCGUGUACUGCACUGCGGGGCGCUGCCAACUUUUUAAAUACAAGUAGAAGUAGUUGUGCUGUAAUAAAAUGAACUCAGAUGAUUGACUUGUGCCAACAUUUGGAAUGAGAAGCCUAAAAAAGUCUGAAAGCUUUAUACACUAGACUUAAACAUGUUUGUGUAUUUAAUUAUAUGUGUGUGCUACAGUACCUAUUUAUAAUUAUCACUGCAUCUAUUAAAGAAUUUCAGAUA